AGCCACCCGUUUUGCUGCCACCGCUCUCGGGGUCCCGCAGCCCGCGCCCCGCAGGGCGGACCCCGCCCGGUGCCGCCGCCACCUGCACCGCAUCCCCUCCCGGCACUGCCCUGCGGCUGCGGGGCCGAACUCGGGGCCGGGCUCGGGAACGGCGUGGGUAACGGAGUUCGUUCGGAGGAGCGAGGCCGGAGCCGGGGGGCGAUGGGUUCCGCCCGUUUGCACGCCGGGGACGCGCCGAGGACACGAGGGAGAACGGGGUUAUUGGGAAUACGGAGCGAUGCGGCGGUGCAGGGCGGUUGGAUAUGGGGAGAGGAUGCGGAUGGGGGGCACCGAGAGCCCGGUGUCCCCGUCCGUCCCACAGCUGUCCCCGUAUUCGCCGUGUCCCACCGUGCUGCUGUGCGGGGCUGGGGGCUCUGGGGGGAGUCACAGCCUUGGCGCCGUGAGCCGGCAACCUUGCACUCAUCCCAGCCCUGCAGCCCAGGUGAGGUCCCUUCUCUGGGCUCUGCACGGUGCACCCAGUCGGUGGGGCUGAUGAGGGGCACCAGGAGCCCCAGAGCUGCUUUUGCAGCAAGGUGACAGCCCCGCUGCCCUCCUGGGGCGUAGAGGAAUGGGGACACUGGGUAGAAGAGUUUUGGGGAGGGCGAUGCCGACAGGCUGAUGAAACCAAUCAAAUGGUGAAGGAAUCACAAAGCCGUGGUGCCGGCGGUGGGGCUGGGAGAAAGCAGGAGGAGCCAGAGGUUGGAGGAGUACAGGUUCUACUGGAGACAAGGGCAGGGAAUGCAGCCUGAGAGCCUCUGAGGAGCAGCGUGGAGUCACCAGGGCUGGAGGAAGGCAUCGUGGGAUGGGACAGGGCAGGAGAUGGCUCCUUAUGCAGGGGAUGCUGCUGCUGGGACGGCUGUGCUGGGACAAAGGCCUCACCUGUGAGCCGGGAUCCCACAAUCUCCUGCUCCAUCAGCUCAUCCAGAGCUGAUCCUGGUUUCAGGGCUGCUGCUGGGCAUGGAGCUGGAAUGGGAAACUCUGGAUCCCUGGGAACGGGGUGACAUUGCUCAGGGAAGUGUCACACAGUAGGAAGUCACUGUGACUUCGUGGAGAUGUGGGCAAUGUGGUGUGAGGUGACGGCCAGCAGCACGCCAGCACUUCCCAGUGCUUUCCAAAAUGCUGCAGGCCACUGCUGUGCAGGGUCAGGAGCCCUACUGAGGAGAACAAGGGGACGAGGCAGCGUGGCCCACCCAUCAUCCCUGGACUAGCUGUGGGUUGUUCCUCCUGGCUUGUGGGAUAUGGGGCAGCUCCCAAGGUGCCAUCUCCCCACACGCGUUUGCUGCUGUAGCAUUGCUUGUGCCAGUGUUCCCGUGUCACUUUGCUGUCCCCAGCUGCUGCCCUUGGCCGGCAUCUGGUCCAAGUGAAGGGCAUGGCUGUGUGGCACAGGGUCUGCAAGCCCCGCAUGACAGCACAGAGAAAAUGAGGGACCGGAGUGAGGACAUCAGCUGGGCUCUGUUUUUUUUCUCCUGGUCACCUUCUGGCUCUGCCCAUGGCUCUCACCCUGCUACACCACUGAGCCCAGCACACACACCCCCAGCAUCCCCACGCCGCCAUCGGCCUCGUUACACAGAGGUGCCCUUGUGGUGUCCCUGGACUCCAGCAAUGCCCCAGUGCCCCAGGGAAGCCAGCUAAUAAUGCAGCUCUGCUGCGCUGCUCCCCACGGCACCGAGGAGCCGCGAGGCGCUGAGAUGUUCCCAUAAUGGGGUCACACGAGAGCGGAGCCGGGAGGCGGCGGAGCUGCCAAUGGAGCGGUGCACAGAGAGCCUGUGGCUCGGCCUCGGCUGCAGCCAGCCAGGGUGUGAGCAUCGCCGGGGCAGUGCGGGACGUGGGGACGUGGCCAGGUGGGACGGUUGCAGCGGGGCUGGGGCAGGCACAGGUGAGAUCUGCUGUCCUUUUGCUUCUGCGUGAGCACAGAGCUGCUGUUUUCUCAGCUCGCCCUUGAUGCCGUUGCGGUGCUGUGGGGUGAGGAUCCAGAUGUGCAGUGGGAAUUUGUCCCCGAGCCCUCCCAGAUGUGUCCUGUGACAAAGUCACGGUGUUGUGGAGCUCUGGGCUGGCUGCCAGCUCUUCUGCAGCAUCCUUCCCCGCAGGCUGGGCUCCGGGAGGUGCCGCACCGGCCGCAGGCUCCUUGUGGGAUGCAGGGUGGCAGGAUGGGACCCCGUCCUACCCCGGCUGCUGGGUGCUCCCCGUGUCACUGCACCUAGCUGGGCAGCGAGAGCUGAUGCUGACGCUCAGUGCUGGGAGGGCCCCAUUCUGUGCUCAGUACAGAGGCAGAACCGGGAUGCCUGGGGCUCGUCCUGGCCCCGCACAUUGUGUGGCCACAGGAAGUCGCUUCCUUGCUUUGUGCCUCAGUUUCCUCCGCCGGGGCGUGGGGAUGCCUGCUUGCUGCCGCGUGUUUUUCAUUCCUCCCUCUGUGUCCUGCAGAGCCCCCAGCCCUGCUUGGCGUGCUCCUUCCCUCCUCUUCCCAAAUCCCCACCACCGCACUCCGCUCCUCCUCUUAAAGGUUUUCCUAUCCCAGAGUAGCCGGGGGGGUUAUUUUCUCCUUCCCAUCUCAAUUCCCAAGGAGCCACCUCUCCCCUGCAGCCUCCUCUCCCAGCCCUGUUCUCCUCAAUGAGCUCCUGGUUGUUGGCAGAGCUGAUGCACCCGGCGGCUGAGCGGCACCGAGUGGCACUGGGGAUGGUGGGGACCGGAGAGCUCUGGGGAGCACAGAGACAGCUGCCGCCGGGAGAUGAGCGCCUGCCUAUAAAUACAUGCCACGGAGCGAGGAAGCGGUGGGUGGAUUAUCCUCCUCGCUCAAUGAGAUAAAUGGUUCUCGAGCUUAAACACAGAGCAAUUUUAGUCUGAAUAGUAGGAGAAAUGGUUCAGGACACGCAGAUGACGGCGUGAGCCGCCCGCAGCGCACGGUGGGGACCGUUGGCACUGGAGGUGGCUUUGCUGUCCCUUUGGCAUCGCUGUGGCUUCGUGUCACAACAGUGCUCACCACAGUGCUGUGCUGCUUCCUCACCAGCACCCGCAACACGGCCAGGACUCGGUCCCACCACCCUCAUCUCUGUGAAGAGCCAGAUGGAAGUGCAUCCUCAUCCCUGUCCCCGCCGCUGCCCUGCGUGUUUGCAUAGAAACCAGCAGGUUUUCAAAGCAUUUCCAUUCUUAAUGAAAACUUUUGCCUUUCCUUUUUUAUUCCUUUUGCCUGGGUGUUGUUGGUGUUCCGGCCGACGUCACUGUUGGCUGUUCCCAGGAAUGGUGUUGGCUUCAUGUUCCCAUCCCAACACCUCUUGGGGAGGACUGUGGCCAAACUGGGAGCGAUGCGGGCAGCACCCACGUCCCUGGGGACACCCCGUCCUUGGGGUCAGACUUGUUCUUGAGGACGCCCCAUCCUUGGGGUCACUCAUCCUUGUGGUCACUCAUCCUUUUGGGUCACUCCAUCCGUGGGGUCACCCAUCCUUGUGGUCACUUAUCCUCUUGGUCACCCAUCCUUGUGGUCACUUAUCCUCUUGGUCACCCAUCCUUGUGGUUGCCCAUCCUUGGGGACACCCCUGUUCCUAGACACCCAUUUCCAAUGCCCCUUUCUGCUGCAGGUGUUUCUGCAGCACAAACCCUGAGGCAUCCAGGCCCAAGAGUGGGCUCUCAGGGCAGCAGCCCAUGGCGUGGUGAGCCGCUGUGCAGCACACACUCUCCCAUCUCCCAUCCCACUGGCAUUUUGUCCUCUUUUUUUUUUUUCUUAAAGAACUUUGCUGGCUUGAAUGAUUGUCUUUCAACACAGGUUAAUUAGCAGACAUUGACGAGCAGGAUUGUAAAUUCAAGUGCAGACAAAGUUCUUCUUGCAGGAUGUUGUGAGCUGUUUUUAGUCCCGUAUCCAUUCCACUCCUGCAUUAACCCACCUCCACCUCCAGGAACCAGACACCGAAAUGGUGCUCCUCUUCCACGGGGCCAACAAAGCUCUAUGGAGAUGAGCCACUUUGGAGAUUGUAUGAGUCAAGCCGUUACAUUUUUGGAACAGCAUGAUGUUGAAGUUCCUUUUCUAUUUUUUGCCCAACUUCCCAAGAAAGAAAAAAAAAUAAUAAAGAACUGAGAUGAGAGGCAGCAAGGCCAGAGUGGAAAGAAACAAGGGUGGGGAUGGGGCUCAGCUUGGGUGGGUGAGCCGGUCACUGCGCGUCGGGGCUGGGGCUGUGCUUGUGCAGGGGGGUCUUUGUGUGUGUGAGGGUCGUUGCCCUGCUCUCCUCUGGGAUUGCCCCCCGAUGCCCUUUAUCCACCUCCUCUUUGUUGGGUCUGCUCUCUCUGUGCAGCCCCGUGGGGCCAUGUGUGGGGCUCAGCCCCGCUCCUGGGACCUGGAGACAACGCUUGGCCCGGGUUCGCUGGGAUAUAUUUUGAGUUAUUUGUUGUGGUUUAUUUUUCCACAUUAAAAAUCUAAAUAUAUACCGGCGCCCGCCCAGCUGCUGUCCCAUGAUUUUUGUCAAUCUGCUACAAAACAAAAACGCAGCCACUCCAUCCCCUUCCUGCAGCCACCCCUGUGGUGCCUGAUGCUCGUGGGCGCGGGGCGAGCCGGCAGCGGGGUGGUUUGGCUGCGUUCCCGUGGUGUUGGUCAGGAUGUGGCUCUGGAUUUGUGCUUUUGGGGCUCAGAGGGUGGUUUGGCUGCAGCGCAGUGCGGAGUGGGAGCUCAGCUGUGUUUGGUGGGGUCCCGGAGCAGCGGGUUGGAGCCUAGGAUUGAGGGAAGGGUGGCACUGAGAGCUGGGAGUGCUGGGUACUCUGGGGCACUGUGUGGGGGAGUCUUAGGUGGCCAGAAGUCGGUGCUGACAGAUGGGAAGGCAAAAGUUGAUGCCAGCAGGUGUGUGGGAGCAAUGAGCUGCGGCGCCGUGGCAUUGCAGGUCCCAGGAGCGCUGGGCUCUCCAGAGAUGCUCUGUGCGGGCAGAAUGGGCUGCAGGACAGGGGCAGGGCCAGUCCCUGCGGGUGGAAGCCGUGACACACCUCUGCCUUGCAGCACAGCCAUGAGUGCCGGAUCCAUAGAGCAGGAGCCGUCGCGCAAGCUGGCGUGCUGCGGGGUGCCGCUCAUCACCGAAGACAUGCAGUCCUUGGCCAUCCGCACCCUCUCGGGCACCGACAUCAACAAACACUACGACCUCAUCCGCGAGCUCGGCAAGGGCACCUACGGCAAGGUGGACCUGGUGUCCCACAAAAGCACAGGCACCAAGAUGGCCCUGAAGUUCGUCAACAAGAACAAAACGAAGCUGAAGAACUUCCUGCGGGAGUUCAGCAUCACCAACACGCUCUCCUCCAGCCCCUUCAUCAUCAAGGUCUUCGACGUGGUCUUCGAGACAGAGGACUGCUACGUCUUUGCUCAGGAGUACGCCCCAGGAGGGGACCUCUUCGACAUCAUCCCCCCGCAGGUGGGGCUCCCCGAGGACAUGGUGAAGCGUUGCGUGCAGCAGCUGGGCCUGGCGCUGGACUACAUGCACAGCAAGAGCCUGGUGCACCGGGACAUCAAACCAGAGAACGUGCUGCUCUUCGACCGCGACUGCCGCCGCGUCAAACUGGCCGACUUCGGCAUGACCCGCAAGGUGGGCUGUCGGGUGAAGCGCAUCAGCGGCACCAUCCCCUACACGGCGCCCGAGGUGUGCCAGGCCGGCCGCGCCGAGGGCUUCGCCGUGGACACCAGCAUCGACGUCUGGGCUUUCGGGGUGCUCAUCUUCUGCGUCCUCACCGGGAACUUCCCCUGGGAGGCGGCGGCCGCCUCCGACACCUUCUUCGAGGAGUUCGUGCGGUGGCAGAAGGGCCGCCUGGCGGGGCUGCCCUCGCAGUGGCGGCGCUUCACGGACAGCGCGCUGCGCAUGUUCCAACGCCUGCUGGCCCUCGACCCCGAGAAGCGCUGCCCCGUCAAGGAGGUCUUCUACUUCAUCAAGUACGACCUGAUGGCCGAGGUGCGCCGCCGGCCCUCCUACCGCUCCCGCAAACACGCCGGGGACAAGCUGCCCGCCGGGCCGCACCGCCACGAGCCCACCGCCUCCUGCACGCCCGCCCCGCUCAAGAGGACCAUCCUGACCGACGGCCCCGGCACGCGGCUCAACGGCCCCGAGCCCAGCGCGGCCUCGUCCGGCCCGGCCGGCAGGACAGAUGGACGGCAGGACAAGGGCAAGGGGCAGAUGGUGCUGGCCACAGCGAUAGAGAUCUGUGUCUGAGGGCGCGGGGCGGUGCGUGGCCCCGCUCCUGCUGGCACCGUCCCGUCCCUUGGCACAGGGGCUGCGGGUGGCUGCAGGGCCGGGGGCUGCGCCUCCAUACACAGAAACAAGAAGAGGACAGAACUGGUUGCGCUCAGUAGCACUGAAGAUGCCGGUGCCACCGUCUGCCCAGCAGGCAGGAGCCGGGGGGCACCGGUGCUGCUGUCCCCAUCCCAGUGGCCUCCCUGCCCCUCCAGGAGCCCCCCACAGUGCUGUGGGGGGAGGUCCUCCGUGACAACGCGACGGGGCUGUGCGGGGGCCCUGGGAAGGCCGAUGACCCCACGCUUGGAGGAGGCCUUCGGGGUGGCCCCUGCCCCACGCUGGGCACCAGGAGGGGACGAGGGGACCGGGAUGGAGGGGACCCCCCUGGCCACUCCCUGCCACGAUGUAGCAAGUGUCACUGUGUGCCACCCCAUCCUCCCUGCUCGGAGCGAUGGCCGCAGCGAUGCUCUCCAACAGGGGGGGAACAGCCAGGCGGGAGCCACGGGGUCACCCUGAGGACCCCCACGCCGCUGUCCCCUCCGGCCCCCAACUACCGCACAAAGGGCUAUCACGCUCCCGAAGCAGCAGCAGUUUACACAGCAGUCGCCAGGCAGGUGGGGUCCCGCCGCCCCUGCGCCCCCACCACCGGCGCCGCUGCCCCGUCCCCAUGUCCCCAUGUCCCCAUGUCCCCAUGUCCCCAUGUCCCCAUGCCCCCGUGUCCCUGUGUCCCUGUGUCCCCGUGUCCCCCCGCCCGCAGGGCCCAGGUCUGGUGGUAGAAGUAGCACUGCACAGAUGUAGAGAUGUUAGGUGCGGUUCGUCCUCCUUUUUGCCUUAGGUCCCUCCACGUCCCCAAUCUUUCGUGCAAUAAUGUAGAUAAGGAACCCCGGUGCCGAUGGCCGCGGUGCUGCUCGGUUUCGGGUUUUUAUUUCGGGUUCCCCCGGCCAUCGGGUGCCGGAUUUCCUUCCCGUAGGAGAGGCUGUAGUGUCACAGACGUUACCUCAGUUUGUCACCGUCAAAAAGGAAAAAAAAAAAAACAAACAAAAAAAGUAACUAAAUACAUUAAAAAAAAAAAAAAAAAAAA